AUGGAAGGACUUCCCAGAGCCUUUACUGUUAUGGAGAUUUCAUCACAUGAACCAUCAGAAGCAGAAAUUUUAAUUGGACAUGAAGAUGACACAGAAUUGACACCUUGCGAAGGUAUGCAAUUUGAGUCUGAAGAUGCUGCAAGGGAUUUUUACAGCUUGUAUGCGAGACAUGCAGGUUUUCGAAUUCGGAUCAGCAGGUAUACCCGCUCCAGACAUGAUAAUUCAAUCAUUUCUCGUCGUAUUGUAUGCUCAAAGGAGGGAUUUCAUGAAACACGUAACUGUGAAGGCCUCCACCCUGACCAAAAACAGCAAGAACGGACAGGUACUAGAGUUGGUUGCAAGGCUAUGAUAAUGAUAAAAAAAAUUGAUCCUGGCAAAUGGGUAGUUACUAAAUUUGUGAAAACCCAUAAUCAUGGAUCAGUUCCACCAAGAAAACUUGAUAUUAGGUCAGCACAUCAGGACCUUAAUCCAGUUGAAAAGCCACAUUCUACCGAGGAAGACUCUGUUGAGGAACCGGCUGAGGGAAUGGAAUUUGAUUCUGAAGAAGCCGCGAAAUUGUUCUAUAUAAAUUAUGCGAGGCUUAAUGGUUUCCGUGCGCGUAUUAGCAGGUAUUGCCGUUCAAGACGUGAUAAUUCAAUCAUUUCUCGCCAGAUUGUGUGCUCCAAGGAAGGCUUCCGUGAAGUUCGAGCCAAGAAAGAGAUCACAGACGAAGGGAAAACGAAGCGCCCAAGAAUGAUAACCAGAGUUGGUUGCAAAGCUAUGAUUGUAGUGAAAAAGAUGAACUCUGGAAAAUGGAUGGUAUCUAAAUUUGAGAAGGAGCAUAAUCAUUCGUUGUUAUCUUCUAAACAGGCCCCUAGUACAUCGAACAUUACUUCUGGAGAAAAUGCUGAAUUUGCUGCAAAGAGUUCAGAUCCUGAUGAAGUGAAGGUUGAGGAAUACAGUGCAGGGAUUCAAUGUAAUUCUACAGAUUCACUCACUGUACUUUACAACCAAUUAUGUCAGGAGGCUAUAAAAUUUGCGAAAGAAGGAUCAGUCACAGAAGAAAUUUACCAUGUGGCGAUGUCUGCCUUGAAAGAGGCAGCAGAGAAGGUUGCUCAAGUCAAAAGUUGUCAUCCAAUAAUGCCGCACCGUGGAGUUUCUGGUAGUGAAAGUAAACAUAAGGUCGUACAGAUGAAAACUAUGAGUGCUUCGCAAUGUUCAGAUGUGGCCAAACAGAAAACAACACCUUCGCAGCUCACGGUGUUUCAAGAGUCUGUGUCCAAACUAAUGUUCAUUCCUACCAACCUGUUGACUGAUUCCGGCUUAGCUAAUUCUGAUAGCAAUCAUCCGUCAUUGUGUGCUUUCACCUCAAGUGGGAGACAAUGCGGGCAUGGAUCAGAAUGUUCCUAUUUGCAUGCUGAGAACAGAAAGGAGGACUGUCCUGAGAAAUAUCAGAAUAGCACUUCGAGUCGGGCAACACAGGGAAAUCAUUCAACCUAUCAUGGACAUUCUGAAGAAACUACAGUUGCUAUUCCUGCUAUACCUCUGACGCUUCACAUGCCUUUGCCGAGGAAUUCACCUGGAGCUUCUGCUGAUGGACAGUACAAAUUGUUGGCUGCACCUAUCGAAGCAGUUCCAAUUUCAUACCGCCCUGCAGAACCCAUCAGACAACCAAAAAGAAGUUUUUGUAAUUUAGGUCCAUUGCCAGGUGUUAUGUCUGAACUGACCAGGCAAGAAAAAGGUCCACACCCUCUUGUGCAUGCUACAGCUCUUGCUUGUGGUGCUCGUGUUGUUCCUGUUGAGGAGGCAGCUUCGCUGAUCAAGGCCAUCGAGUCCAAGAUCAGAUCUGGAGGGGCCAAAAUAGCAAGAUUACCUUCAAGCAGGUUGACACGUCUAGUUCCUGAGGCGAUCUCCAUGUCAUCGUCUAGUGAAGAUGGCGAGGAGAAUGACCACAGUGAGCCACCGGCGGUGAAUGUCGAAGGCUACUGCCAUGAUGAUCAGAUAUCUGAGGAAAUGAAGUUGCAAGGUGAGGCAUCAGAGUUGGAAACUGAUUUUGAGAAUUGUUCUGGGCAUGAAAACCAUGAUACUGCUGAUUGCUGA